CCCAGUAACCUACACCAUUUCUUUCUUUUUACAAGCCUGAGGCAUCACAACUUGCUUGCUGCCUUUCAUAAGCACCUGAUCAGCCAGCUCUCAGCAACAAAGAUGAAGAUCGGGAAGACUACGGAGAUCUUGAAGAAGGCGGCGGCGGUGUGCAAGAGCAAGACCGCCGGGCUCCUCAUCCUCGCCUCGCUUCAGCGCCGCAGAAUGGCCUCGGGCCCAAUGGUCUCUAAGAAGAUCCACGCACUCACUCUGGCCAACCGGCAGAGAGUGGACUAUCGCAAGGCUUCUCAGCUCGGCAGAAUCGAGAAGGGACCAGUCGACUUCGCGGCCAAUCUCUCUCAUCAGUUGGAGAUGUUGGGUCAAGAUGAUGGUCAUGGUGGCUGCCAAGCUGACUGGUCACUACAUCCCCUCUUCAACGACGACAAUGUCAACUGCUGUUACAGUGGUGACGAUGAUGAUGUGGAUGUGCUACUGGAUGCGUGUGAUCAAGACGACGAUGAUGAGUUGUCGGUCCUAGAUGUGAUCAGGAGCAAGAGAGAGGUUGAGGGGUUGGAGUUCAACAUGGAGGAAGAGAUUGACCAGGCUGCUGAUAUGUUCAUCAAUAGGUUCCGGCAACGGCUGAACAAUGGAUUCUAGGGUCUAGCUUCCACGUGGAUGUACCUUGGCCUAGGUCUUGUCCUUUUUUUUCCCGAGUGUCCACGUGAUAGAAAUUUUUGUAGAAAUCAAUACGAGUAGGAGUUGCUACUUAGCACACAAUGACCUGUUUUUGUCCUUUAUUUUCCCAAAUGUUGUAGAACUGGCGUCAUUUCUAUAGCAUUUGAAGCGAGCUCAGCUUCUGCCGUCGGAUGUGGCAGCACCAAUCUUGAUAUUUGUACAGUGUUCCACCGCCCCUCACAAAUCACACAGUGAGCGUUCGCUCCCUACUACCCCGAACGCGAACGCCGCUCGUUCUUAGUCGAGCGAAAAGGAAACAUUCCGGCUGACCAGUCAUCAGCUACUACCACUUCAUUAAAAGAGAUACUGGAAAUUCGG